CCCGUGCGCUCGUGUGCGUUCACGCGAUGUUUUAAAGUGAUCGAGAGGGAGCGCGCCAGUAUGUUGGCAGCAAAAGUUAGAGGCUGCUAACAUUAGCAUUAGUAAUGAAACUUAGGGUGAAAUUAACUGCGUCGUGAGAGUGUGUAAAGCCGUGACAGGACUUAUAUUAGUAAACAUGGAGAUUUAUAGAGAAGAGGAGGAGAUUCCGGAUCCUCAUAUGUUCAGAACUGUUUUAGGGAUGUUUGAAGGACGUCCUCAUAUGCAAAGAAUAAUAAGAUGUGGCCUUCUUGGUAUUGACUACGAUGACGAUCUAGACGACCCAGGCAAUGAUGAUUAUGUUACCGGUAGUUGGAGUCAUGAUUUCCAUGGAUACCCUGCAAACCGCCUGAGGUCAUCCAGCGCUGUAUAUCAGCCCGUAUACCCUUCAGCCCGUAAUUCUUCUUGCCCGUCCCCUUUAAGAUUUCAGACAAAGGAGCACGAUGCUGAGAGAAAAGCCAGAUUAUUAGAAGAAUCUAAAAAAAUGAAAGACAAAGCUGAGAAGAAGCGGCUUAAGAAACGGAAACAGAAGGAAAGGAAACGUCUCGAGAAGCUGGAGAAGGACAAGCUGAACCCUGAAAAAAACGAGGAGGGAAAAGAUGAUGCAGAGGAGGGUGAAGCUGUUAAUGAUGAACACAGAGCCAAUAACAAUACUAGUGUUAAACCGCAGGCCUCAGCCAAAGAUACAGACAGCAGUGACAGUAGCGACGUUUCCAGUGAUGAAGACUGCAACUCCAAGAACGACUCAGGCGACUCAGAGGAACUUGAUAUGACGAGUAGUUUUGUGAGAAAAGCUGCUCUUAUAGCCAUGCAUAAACUGGAGCAGAAGCAACUGACUCUGCUGCGUCCAGGGUUCCCUCCUUUGAAGACCAUGUAA